GUCCCAACUACCGACUCAUUUGUGCUUCCUCUGUUGGCAUCUCCUCCGCACACACACAUGUUUUGUUGUUUAUCGUCGUCGCUGACUCGCUCACUGCCACUCACUCACUCACUCACGCGCCACGCCGAACGAGUCACUAACUCAGAUUGAUCCCUCGCUCCCUCCCUGACUCACUCGCCGCCGUGGCCAACCACAAACCACUUCAAAUGGACUCCUCCUCCGACGAGGAAGACGACCACCGCAACCUCGUCGACAACAACCACCGCAAGCCGCCGUCCUCCCCCGCUGCCGUCGCUUUCCACGUUGAGGAUCCCUCCCCGCGCUUCCGCCGCGCGAAUUUCACGCUCCAGAAGAAGUACAUUUUCGCAAUCCUCGCUAUCCUCUUCCUCCUCCUCUUCUUCUCAAUCACCGAUCUCCACAAACUCUUCUCAACAACCUCUUCCUUCAGAUUCGAUUCCCUCACCGAUCGAAUGAAGGAAUCCGAAUUGCGCGCCAUCAACCUCUUAAAUCAACAGCAGCAAGCGCUCUUAACUGCGUGGAACCACACGCUCCGAACCAACGCUUCGGAUCCGAACCUAUUAGAGGAUCUGAAAUCUUCUAUCUUCAAGCAGAUUUCCCUCAACCGCGAGAUUCAGCAGAUUCUGUUAAAUCCGCAUUCCACAGGAAACAACGCAAUCGAGCCCGAGUUGGAUUUAAACGCUACUCUAAACGGCGUCGUUUACGAUAGGUGUAGAACGGUGGAUCAGAACUUGUCGCAGAGGAAAACCAUCGAGUGGAACCCAAAGGAUGGUAAAUUCUUGCUCGCUAUAUGCGUUUCGGGGCAAAUGUCGAACCAUUUGAUUUGUCUGGAGAAACACAUAUUCUUCGCUGCGUUGUUAAAUAGGGUUUUGGUGAUUCCUAGCUCCAAGGUGGAUUACCAGUACGAUAGGGUUGUGGACAUUGAUCACAUUAACAAGUGCUUGGGGAAGAAAGUGGUGGUUUCGUUUGAGGUGUUUUCGAAUUUGAAGAAGGGGCAUUUGCACAUCGAUAAGUUCUUGUGCUACUUUUCGCAGCCUCAGCCUUGUUACUUGGAUGAUGAACGGUUGAAGAAGUUGGGUGCGUUGGGUUUGACUAUGAGUAAGCCUGUGGCUGUGUGGGAUGAGGAUACCCGAAAUCCGAAGAAGAAGACGGUUCAGGAUGUGCUGGGGAAGUUUAGCUUUGAUGAUGAUGUUAUGGCAAUUGGAGAUGUGUUCUAUGCUGAAGUGGAACGGGAAUGGGUGAUGCAACCGGGUGGGCCAAUUGCUCACAAAUGCACGACUCUCAUUGAACCUAAUCGUCUUAUUUUACUCACUGCUCAGCGGUUUAUUCAGACAUUCCUGGGAAGGAACUUCGUUGCAUUGCACUUUCGGAGACAUGGGUUUUUGAAAUUCUGUAAUGCUAAGAAGCCAAGUUGCUUUUACUCCAUUACUCAAGCUGCAGAUUGCAUCUUGAGGGUCGUUGAGAGGGCCGAUGCACCUAUCAUCUAUCUUUCUACGGAUGCAGCAGAAAGUGAAACCGGUCUGCUUCAGUCACUAGUUGUGUUGAAUGGCAGGCCUGUUCCUCUUGUAAUACGUCCAGCUCGAAAUUCAGCAGAAAAAUGGGAUGCUCUGUUGUACAGGCAUAGAAUGGAUGGAGAUUCACAGGUGGAAGCCAUGUUGGACAAAAGUAUAUGUGCCAUGUCUAGUGUGUUCAUUGGAGCCCCUGGUUCCACUUUCACUGAAGACAUCCUGCGGUUGAGAAAGGACUGGGGAUCAGCAUCCAUGUGUGAUGAGUAUCUUUGCCAAGGUGAGGAGCCAAACAUUGUAGCGGAAAAUGAAUGACAACAAAAAACGGUUUUCUCGAGCCCAUGACUCUGGACCAGCACACGUAUUUUCUUGUGCCAUGAUUGGGGAUUUGUCAAUGUGAGUAGUCAUGUAUGAUACUAGAAUUAGCCAUGUUAAUGUAAUGUAUAAGUUUUGCUUGUUAUACAUAUUCUUUUGUCAUAAUCAUUAUAAUUUGUAUUUGUUGUAUUAUCGACACAUUGAUCCAGAAUUUGCCCCAAAGCAAUUGUGGCAUUUCAACAUUUUAUUUCUCUUUUCUCAUUGUAAAUAUUACUGAUACAAUAAUCACUAGCGACUAGCCGUGUAUUGAAAUUGAAUGGAUUAUUGAA